AUGUCGAAUCAAAAUCAGGAUCCAGGCAUGACCAUAGCUGGUGGUGGCUACGAUUCGCGCAGUAGUGCCGUCUUCGCCGUCACAGUCGCUAUGAUCACUUGCUCCACCGUAUUUGUUGCUGCUCGCAUGGCUUCUCGCGCCGGAGUCGUUAAGAAAGUUCUCCUGGACGAUUAUUUUAUUCUUGCUGCUUGGUUGCUCGCCUUUGGCUUAUCCUUCUCUAUUUGCUAUGGCACAUUCGUCGGCCUUGGUCGCCAUGAAGACGACGUGCCAGAUUCAUGGCAGGGCUCACUGAGGCGAUCACAAUACGCCUUCUCCGUGUUAUAUGUAUCAACAUUGUUCGUUGUCAACGCCGCUGGAAUCGCCCUGACUCUCGUCACCUUGUUCCAGUGCAACCCUGUUGGAGCCGCCUUCAGAUAUCCGGUACCAGCCGUUCAUCACUGCACUGACAUCAUUACCAUCUACCUCUCUUCGGCACCCGUCAACAUCAUAACCGACCUCGCCAUCUUGUUCUUGCCUAUGCCUAUUCUGACUUCGAUGCGACUGCCCCGAAAACAGAAGACCAUCCUCGUGAUCACAUUUGGAUUUGGUCUCUUUGUGGCCAUCGUGGAUAUUGUUCGCAUCGCAUAUCUGCAGUCUGCCUCGACGUAUCGUCUCAACCAGAUCCUGAACUACCAGAAGGACAACAACUCUGGACGCGAUUCUGAUGUGACCGACUUUUCAUGGUAUGCUUCAUACUCCUUCAUGUGGUCAGCCAUCGAGGUCAAUGUCGGCAUCAUGUGUGCCUGCGUCCCAGCCCUGAAGCCUCUGGUAUCUCGGUUCAUGCCACACCUUCUCCGCGAUGAAGGCGAUGUUACGGAAAAGCACUCUUCGGUCGAUCGUCAGCCUACCUUUGAGAUGACCAUGGCUCAACGGAUUCCCUCGAUGCCAGACCCAGCCUAUCUUACUACACAGCCAUCUCGUGAGCCCGUCGAAGAUGCCAAUAUGGAUAUGAUGGACUUUCUUACCACUCCCGACAUGCACAACAAUACACUCGAGCGCUCGCAAACCAUGUUGACCAAUUCUACCAGAAAUACCAGUGCAGACACACCUACCUUCUUCGACUUCGUCAACAUGAAGAAUCGCAAGAGUUUUGUACACAUGACUGCAAGAGAGUCCUUAUUCCCUGUCAUCAUGGUCACUGUGCUAUUCUUCAUCUGGGGGUUCGAAUAUGGCCUCCUCGAUGUUCUCAACAGACAAUUCCAGAGAGUAUCUCACAUGUCUCCAGCACAGUCUGUAGGCAUCCACAGCGCUUACUUUGCUGGUUACUUCUUUGGGCCAUUAACUUUCGGCCGUCUGGCCCUGAAACACUACGGAUUCAAAGCAUGCUAUAUGAUUGGUCUCAGCAUAUAUGCAUGCGGAAUUCUCGUCUUCUGGCCCGCUGCUGUUCUGACAUCCUUCCCGGCCUUUGUCAUCGUCAAUUUUAUCGUCGGUCUUGGACUGUCCACCCUUGAGAUCUCAGCAAAUCCAUUCAUAGCGCUUUGCGGUCCCAUGGAAUAUGCUGAAGUUCGACUCAACCUCAGUCAAGGAUUUCAGGCCAUUGGAACUGUUGUUGCCCCACUCAUCGCCCAGAAAGCUCUCUUUGGACAAUCCAAUGACGCUCCUUCUCUGAUCAAUACCCAAUGGGCAUAUCUCGGGAUUGCUCUAUUCACCGUUGCACUAGCGGUUGCAUUCUUCUACGUCCCAUUGCCAGAGGCCACAGACAAGGAGCUCGAGGAUGCUUGCGAGCGCAUGGAUAACGCCAAUUAUGCCACUGUUGGCAAAGUUCGAGUCAUCUGGUACACACUUGUCGCUGGUGCUCUUGCAAUGUUUUGCUACGUUGGUGCCCAGGAAGUUGUCGCUACCACCUUUGACAGCUAUUUCGCACUUGUGGCUCCGACGUACAACGAGACCAACUACAUGGCCAUAGGACAUGCUUUGUUUGCCGGAUCCCGAUUUGUGGCUGCAGGUGCUGGAUUCUUCAUCAAGCCACGACUUUUGCUUGUAUUCUUCCUCACGGGCACCAUUGUCUUCUCAGCCUUGGCAAUGAACUUCACAGGCUCGACUGCUACAGCGAUGAUGCUUAUGAUCUACUUCUUCGAGGGCCCCCUUUUCACACUCAUCUUCGCUCAAAGCAUUCGCGGCAUGGGCAAGUACACUAAAGACGGCAGCGCUAUCCUGAUCGCUGCAGUCUCCGGUGGUGGUGUCUUCCCUGGCUUUUCCUACGUGGCCAGUCAAGCACAGAAUUCGCAGUAUGCGAUGUGCGUUGCUGUUGCGGGCUUUGCGGGUGCCACACUACUUCCUUUCUUCCUCAAUUACAGUCCGCUCGCUCGUACUCUUUGUGAUCCCCUCAAGGAUCCCAGUGAACUCAGCGACGAAUCUUUGCCUGGUAGCUCCAACAGCAGUGUUGCUAGUCGAGCGCUCAGCUUCUUUAGCAUCCGCAGAAAGAGCGCAGGCGAGAUGAAGACUGAAUGGCGUGAACGUCAAGCAUCUGCCGACAGCUCUGCUUCACCUGGUGCAUACCCAUCAUGA